CGGACACCGGGAACGGAACCAGCAAUGGGACUGGAAAUGGACUGGGAACGGAACCGGGAGCGGGAACAGAACCGGGAACGGCACCAGCACCGGGAAAGGAACCGGGAACGGCACCAGGACUGGGAAAGGAACCGGGAAUGGAAGCAGGACUGGGAAAGGAACCGGGAACGGCACCAGGACCGGGAAAGGAACCGGGAAUGGAAGCAGGACUGGCAACCAAACCAGCAUUGGAACUGGGAAUGGAUCCGGGAACGGACCUGGGAACGGAACCGGGAAAGGAACUGGGAAUUGAACCGGGAAAGGACCCGGAACAGAACCGGGAAAGGACCCGGAACGGAACCGGGAAAGGACCCGGGAAGGGACCCGGCCGUGUCCCGGUGCCGCCGCUCCCGUGUGUCCCCUCCCCGCCGGUGCCGGGGUGUCCCCACAUCCCCCCUGGACCUGGAGCCCCCCGGGAACCCCGGAGCCGCCGGGAGCUCCGGGGAGCUUCGCUGCACUUUAUGGCUCCUGCCCUCGGCUGCACUGAUCCCCGUGAUCCCCGUGAUCCCCCCGAUCCCCCGUGAUCCCCAUCCCACCCCCGGCUCCCUCCGUCCAUCCCGGACCCCAAAUCCCAGCCCCUCCCCCGCCCCCGGUCCGAGCGUUUCAAGAGUUUUGGCUUCGCUCUCCUCCCGCUCCGGCUCCGCUUUUCCCGCCGGGAUCUCACCUGGGGCUGGGGGAGGGGCGGGGGGAUCCCAUCUGCGGAUCCCGUGGGAUCUGGGGUCAGGGGAUCCCAUUUCUGGGAUCAGGGGAUCCCAUCUGUGGGAUCUAAGGAUCCCCACCUGCGGCUCCUCUGGGAUCAGGGGAUCCCUCCUGUGGGACCUGGGAUCAGGGGAUCCCCACCUGUGGGAUCUGGGAUCCAGAUCAGGGGAUCCCUCCUGUGGCUCCUGUGGGAUCUGGGAUCAGAGGGUGCCACCUACUCCCCCUGAGGGAUCUGGUCAGGGGAUCCCACCUGCACCUCCCUCGGGAAGGGAAUUCCAGCAGAAUCCUGGAGCAGGGAUCCCUCUCUCAUCCUAAGGGGGCUCUGGAGCAGGG